UCCUUCCCUCCAUUGUCAUCCCCGCCCUCCAAUUACGUUUCGGUUUCCUCAGAUUUCGUGGUAUUCGCUCUGUUCCGCGAGACGACGGAGUCAGAGUCAUCAUCGCUUCAUCGACUCUGGUGAUUAUCUUCAUAGGUAGCUUGAAUUGUUUAUCAUAGGCAUCUUGUGAGUGCGAUUUCGGCCGAGCAGAGAAUUCGUGGUUAUGGCUGAAAGCCCUUGGCUUGCAAGGUGGAGGAAAGUGUUGUGGUUUUCUGAUUGUAAUUCUGUGGUAGCAAAAUAACUUUGGGGGGUUCAAGCCUGUGUUCAAAUGGGUCGGGGGAGGUUAAGGGCGAGGAUUCGCCGGAGCCAUCUUUAUACAUUUGGUUGCACGAAGCGCCCUGCUACUGAUGACGACAAGCCACAUGACUUCCAAGGGCCUGGAUUUUCGAGGAUUGUAUACUGCAACCAACCUGAAAUGCAUGAUCAAGAGCCACUUAAGUAUUGCUCAAACUAUGUUUCCACGACUAAGUACAAUAUCAUUACUUUCCUUCCCAAGGCCUUAUUCGAACAAUUCAGACGUGUCGCCAACAUGUACUUUCUUCUAGCUGCAAUAUUGUCAUUAACUCCUGUAUCUCCAUUUUCUGCUAUGAGUAUGAUUGCACCAUUGGCCUUUGUGGUAGGAUUGAGUAUGGCUAAGGAAGCUCUCGAAGAUUGGCGAAGGUUUAUUCAGGAUAUGAAGGUUAAUUUGCGGAAAGCUAAUGUGCAUAAAAAGGAUGGUGUGUUUGGUCACAGGCCAUGGAUGAAGCUAAAGGUUGGAGAUGUAUUGAGAGUAGAAAAGGAUAGCUUCUUUCCGGCGGAUUUACUUCUUUUAUCUUCUAGUUAUGAAGACGGGAUUUGUUAUGUUGAAACCAUGAACUUGGAUGGCGAGACUAAUUUAAAGGUGAAACGAGCCAUGGAAACUACUCUAUCCCUCGAUGACGAUGAAACUUUUAAGGACUUUAGUGCAGUGGUAAGAUGUGAGGAUCCUAACCCCAACCUUUACACUUUUGUUGGUAAUUUGGAAUAUGAUCGUCUGGUUUAUCCUAUUGACCCGAGCCAAAUUCUCCUUCGAGAUUCAAAGCUUCGAAACACAACUUAUAUCUAUGGAGUUGUGAUAUUCACCGGCCCUGAUACCAAAGCUAUGCAAAAUUCAACAAAAUCGCCAUCUAAAAGGAGUCGAGUUGAGAAACAAAUGGACAAGAUAAUCUAUGUCCUUUUCAUAGUUCUGCUACUGGUCUCAUUGAUCAGCUCCAUUGGUUUCACUGUGACGACUAAAUAUUAUUUGCCGAAUUGGUGGUAUUUACGGGUUCCUGAUAACAAGGGUCUAUAUGAUCCAGGGAAGCCACUGACUUCAGGGAUUUAUCAUCUAAUCACUGCUCUCAUAUUGUAUGGAUAUUUAAUACCGAUAUCCCUUUAUGUGUCGAUUGAAGUUGUUAAGGUCCUUCAAGCAUUGUUCAUCAACCAGGAUCUUCAUAUGUACCAUGAAGAGAGUGGAACUCCGGCUGAUGCACGGACUUCAAACUUAAACGAGGAGCUGGGACAAGUCGACACUGUCCUGUCUGAUAAAACCGGCACAUUGACAUGCAACCAAAUGGACUUCCUUAAAUGCACCAUUGCCGGCACUCCAUAUGGUACACGUGCUAGCGAUGUAGAACUUGCUGCCGCGAAAAAGAUGGCUAUGGAUAGAGAUGAUCAGAGCCAAAAUGGUUCUACUAAUGGAGGAGAAUCUAGUGAGAAGGACUUCACCGAUUCGGAAAUUGAAUUGGAGACUGUUAUUACCUCAAAAGAUGAAGAUGACAAGAAGGCUGCUGUAAAGGGAUUUAGCUUUGAGGAUAGUCGCCUAAUGAAUGGGCAGUGGUUCGACAAACCGAAUGCAGAUGACAUGUUAAUGUUUUUCCGAAUAUUAUCCAUUUGCCACACUGCAAUUCCCGAGCUAAAUGAAGAGACAGGUGUCUUUACCUAUGAGGCAGAAUCACCAGAUGAGGGUGCAUUUCUUGUUGCUGCGAGGGAAUUCGGGUUUGAGUUCUACAAAAGAACACAAUCGAGCAUAUUUGUUCGCGAAAGAUAUCCUGUCUUUCAAGAGCCGAUUGAAAGGGAAUAUAAAAUCCUCAAUUUGUUGGAUUUUACGAGCAAACGGAAGAGAAUGUCUGUUAUUAUCAAGGAUGAGAAUGGUCAGAUCCUUCUCCUAUGCAAAGGAGCUGAUAGCAUCAUAUUCGAAAGACUAUCAAAGAAUGGGAGAGCAUACGAGGAAGCAACCACCAAGCAUUUGAAUGACUAUGGGGAGGCCGGAUUGCGAACCUUAGUUCUUGCUUACAAGAAACUUGAUGAGGAAAAGUAUUCUGCGUGGAACGAUGAGUUUGUCAAAGCGAAAACCUCAGUAGGCGGCGACAGGGAUGCAAUGCUCGAACGUGUUUCUGAAAUGAUGGAAAAAGAUUUGAUACUUGUUGGUGCAACUGCUGUGGAAGACAAAUUACAGAAUGGAGUACCUCAGUGCAUAGACAUCCUGGCGCAGGCCGGUUUGAAAAUCUGGGUUCUGACCGGCGACAAGAUGGAAACAGCCAUAAAUAUAGGAUUUGCUUGUAGUUUGCUUCGACAGGGAAUGAAGCAGAUAUGCAUAUCGAUGAACACAGAUGCAAUAGUCCCGGAUUCAAAACAGGCUAUAAAAGAGAAUAUACUCAUGCAAAUUAUAAAUGGGACACAAAUGGUGAAGCUAGAAAAGGAUCCAGACAUGGCGUUCGCGUUGAUCAUCGAUGGGAAGACGCUAACUUACACACUAGAGGACGACAUGAAGCAUCAGUUUUUGAAUUUAGCCAUAGGCUGUGCUUCUGUCAUUUGCUGCCGUGUCUCACCGAAGCAGAAAGCUCUGGUAACAAGAUUAGUAAAAGAAGGAACCGGGAAAAUCACAUUAGCUAUUGGCGAUGGCGCAAACGAUGUUGGUAUGAUUCAGGAGGCAGAUAUUGGCGUCGGCAUCAGCGGAUGUGAAGGAAUGCAGGCUGUGAUGGCGAGCGACUUUGCGAUCGCGCAGUUUCAGUAUCUCGAGAGGCUUUUGAUCGUACACGGUCAUUGGUGUUACAAGCGAAUCGCUCAGAUGAUAUGCUAUUCCUUCUACAAAAACAUCGCAUUCGGGCUCACGAUCUUCUACUACGAAAUCUACGCGGGCUUCUCGGGACAGACAGCAUACGUCGAUUGGUACAUGAUUCUAUUCAACGUCGUCCUCACUUCGCUCCCCGUCAUUUCGCUCGGAGUGUUCGAGCAGGACGUCGACUCCGAAGUCUGCUUACAGUUCCCGGCGCUGUACCAGCAGGGACCGAAGAACCUAUUCUUCGACUGGUUCAGAAUCUUCGGGUGGAUGGGCAACGGGCUCUACACGUCGAUCAUGAUCUUCUUCCCGUGCAUCGUGAUCUUCUACGACCAGGCGUUCCGCGUUGACGGGCACACAGCCGACAUGACGGCUGUAGGGACCGCGAUGUUCACGUGCACGAUCUGUGCCGUGAACUGCCAGAUCGUCCUGUCGAUGUGCCACUUCACGUGGUUCCAGCACUUGCUCGUCUGGGGCAGCGUCGUGCUGUGGUAUGCCUUCCUCGUUGUCUACGGCGAGCUCCCGUACUCGCUGAACGACAACGCCCACGGGAUCCUCCGGGAGGUCCUGGCCCCGGCGCCGGUCUUCUGGUCGACGGCGAUCGUGGUGACGCUGGCGUGCAUCCUACCGUACCUCGCACAUAUUUGCUUCACCCGAGUCUUCAACCCGCUCGACCACCAGAUCAUACAGGAGAUCAAGUACUACCGGCAGCACAUCGAGGAUAAGCACAUGUGGCGCCGGGAACGGAUCAAGGCGCGCGAGCCGACCAAGAUCGGGUUCACCGCCCGCGUCGACGCGAAAAUCCGACAGAUUAAAGGUAAACUAAAUAAGAGACAGUCGAUUUUGAGCAUUGUACAACGACACCACCAUUCGUAGGUAGUUUUUUUUUGUUCUACCUUUAGGCUAGCUGGCUUCCCCUGCCAUUGUUGUCUCUUCAUUGUUUUGAUCAUCUUCAUUCCUCCCUCUGGUUUUUCAUUCCUUAAUCUGAAUUCUCAGAUUUGUGUAUGUAUGUUUGUAUAGUCAUUGUU